AUGCGGGGCGGCGCCGCCCGGGCGCUGCUGCUGGCCGCGGCCCUGGGGCUCGGGGCGCGCGCGGUGCGCGGCGCGGUGGCCCUCGCCGACUUCUACCCGUUCGGCGUGGAGCGCGGCGACGCCGUCACCCCCAAGCAGGACGACGGCGGCUCGGGGCUGCGGCCGCUGUCGGUGCCCUUCCCCUUCUUCGGCGCGGAGCACUCCGGACUCUACGUGAACAACAAUGGGGUCAUCUCCUUCCUGAAGGAGGUUUCUCAGUUCACCCCGGCGGCCUUCCCCAUCGCCAAGGACCGUUGUGUGGUGGCAGCCUUCUGGGCAGACGUGGACAACCGGCGUGCGGGCGACGUGUACUACCGGGAGGCCACCGACCCGCGCACGCUGCACAGAGCCACGGAGGACGUCAGGCGCUACUUCCCUGAGCUCCCGGACUUUUCCGCCACCUGGGUUUUCGUUGCCACCUGGUACCGAGUCACCUUCUUUGGAGGCAGUUCCUCUUCCCCCGUCAACACGUUCCAGACGGUUCUCAUCACCGACGGCAAAGUGUCCUUCACCAUCUUCAACUACGAGUCGAUCGCGUGGACCACGGGCACGCACGCCAGCAGCGGGGGCGACGCCGCAGGCCUGGGGGGCAUCGCAGCCCAGGCCGGCUUCAACGCGGGCGACGGGCGGCGCUACUUCAGCAUCCCGGGCUCGCGCACGGCGGACGUGGCCGAGGUGGAGACCACCACCAACGUGGGCGUGCCCGGGCGCUGGGCGUUCCGAAUCGAUGAUGCCCAGGUGCGCGUGGGGGGCUGCGGCCAUACAACCUCCGUAUGCCUGGCCUUGCGUCCGUGCCUCAAUGGCGGCAAGUGUAUCGACGACUGCAUCACAGGCAACCCCUCCUACACCUGCUCCUGCCUCUCGGGCUUCACAGGGCGGAGGUGCCAUCUGGAUGUGAACGAGUGUGAUUCCCACCCAUGUCAGAACGGCGGGACCUGCACCCAUGGUGUCAACAGCUUCAGCUGCCAAUGCCCAGCCAGCUUCACAGGACCCACCUGUGAGACAGACGUGGACGAGUGCAGGUCUGGCCCAUGCCUGAACGGAGGGUCCUGUGUUGACCUAGUGGGGAAUUACACCUGCUUGUGUGCAGAGCCCUUCAAGGGACCUCGCUGUGAGACAGGAAGCCACUCAGUGCCUGAUGCCUGCCUCUCAGCCCCUUGCCAGAACGGGGGCACCUGUGUGGAUGCAGAUCAAGGCUAUGUGUGCGAAUGCCCCGGAGGCUUCAUGGGCCUGGACUGCAGGGAGAGAAUCUCCGAUGACUGUGGCUGCCGCAACGGAGGCAGAUGCCUGGGCGCCAACAGCACAGUCUGCCAGUGUCCCCCCGGCUUCUUCGGGCUCCUCUGUGAAUUUGAAGUCACGGCUAUGCCCUGCAACAUGAACACACAGUGCCCUGAUGGGGGCUACUGCAUGGAGUAUGGCGGCAGCUACCUUUGCGUCUGCCACACCGACCACAACGUCAGCCACUCCCUGCCGUCCCCCUGUGACUCGGACCCCUGCUUCAACGGUGGCUCCUGUGACGCCCACGACGACUCCUACACGUGCGAGUGCCCGCGCGGGUUCCACGGCAAGCACUGCGAGAAAGCCCGGCCACACCUGUGCAGCUCGGGGCCCUGCCGGAAUGGGGGCACGUGCAAGGAGGCGGGUGGCGAGUACCACUGCAGCUGCCCCUACCGCUUCACCGGGAGGCACUGUGAGAUAGGGAAGCCAGACUCGUGUGCUUCCGGCCCUUGUCACAAUGGUGGUACCUGCUUCCACUACAUCGGGAAAUACAAGUGUGACUGUCCCCCAGGCUUUUCUGGGAGGCACUGUGAGAUAGCCCCCUCCCCCUGCUUCCGGAGCCCGUGUCUGAAUGGGGGUAUCUGCGAGGACCUAGGCACGGAUUUCUCCUGCCACUGCCAAGCGGGGUACACAGGACGCCGGUGCCAGGCAGAAAUUGACGAAUGCCAGUCUCAGCCGUGCCAGCAUGGGGGCUCCUGCCAGGACCGCAUCGCCGGGUACCUGUGCCUCUGUAGCACAGGGUAUGAGGGAGCCCACUGUGAGCUGGAGAUAGACGAGUGCUUAACACAGCCUUGCAGAAACGGUGGUUCGUGCAGGGACCUCCCGGGGGCCUUCGUCUGCCAGUGCCCUUCAGGCUUUGUUGGAGUCCACUGCGAGACAGAGGUGGACGCCUGCGCCUCCAGCCCCUGCCAGCACGGAGGCCGGUGCGAGAAAGGCGAUGGGACCUACCUGUGCGUCUGCCCAGAGGGCUUCUUUGGCUACCACUGCGAGACAGUGAGUGACCCCUGCUUCUCCAGCCCCUGCGGGGGCCGUGGCUACUGCCUAGCCAACAAUGGGUCCCACAGCUGCACCUGCAAAGUGGGCUACACAGGCAAGGACUGCACCAAAGAGCUCUUCCCACCAACGGCCCUCAAGGUAGAGAGAGUGGAAGAGAGCGGGGUCUCCAUCUCUUGGCGCCCACCUGAAGGCCCAUCUGCCAGGCAGGUGCUCGACGGCUAUGCGGUCACCUACGUCUCCUCCGACGGCUCCUACCGCCGCACAGACUUCGUGGACGGGAGCCGCUCUGUGCACCAGCUCCAGGACCUGGCAGCUGGCAGGGCCUACAACAUCUCCGUCUUCUCAGUCAAACGCAACACCAAUAACAAGAACGACAUCAGCAGGCCCACGGUGCUGCUCACCCGCACGCGCCCACGCCCUGUUGAGGGCUUUGAGGUCACCAACGUGACAACGAGUGCCAUCUCAGUGCGCUGGGCUCUGCACAGGAUCCACCAUGCCACCGUCAGCCAGGUGCGAGUGUCCAUCCGCCACCCUGAGGCCCCCGAGGCCCAGUCCACCGAUGUGAACAGGAGUGUGGAUGGGUUCACAUUCGGGGCCCUGCUGCCUGGAAGGAGAUACACCAUCCAGGUGACCACUCUCAGUGGGCUUGAGGGAGAGGACCAUCCCACGGAGAGCCUCGCCACCACACCACUGCAUGUGUGGACACGGCCUCUGCCUCCAGCAAACCUGACUGCCUCCCGAGUCACGGCCACCUCCGCCCAUGUGGUCUGGGACGCCCCCACCCCCAGUGCCUCACUGGAGGCUUAUGUCAUCAACGUGACCACCAGCCAGAGCACCAAGAGCCGCUACGUCCCCAAUGGGAAGCUGACGUCCUACACGGUGCGCGACCUGAUGCCAGGGCAGCGGUACCAGCUCUCAGUGACGGCAGUGCAGAGCUCGGAGCAUGGCCAGCUGCACAGUGAGCCUGCUCACCUUUACAUCAUCACCUCCCCCAGGGAUGGCACCGACAGACGCUGGCCCCAGGGAGGACACCAUCCACGGAUGCUCAGAAAUAGACCGCCCCCAGUGCGCCUGCCGGAGCUGCGCCUACUCAACGACCAUGGUGCCCCCGAAACACCGACCCACCCCCCCAGGUUCUCAGAACUUGUGGAUGGCAGAGGAAGAGUGAGCGCCAGGUUUGGUGGCUCACCCAGCAAGUCUGUCACCAUGGGAUCACGAACCACAGCCCUGGUGCAGCCUGAGGAUACAGAGGAGGCCCCCAAGCAUGCCCACCUGGCCCUCCAGCUCCCUGAACGCAGCAACAAGGACAUCAAAAACACUCCCGGGAACUGUUCAGAAAACCCCUGUCAGAACGGAGGCACCUGUGUGCCGGGUCCUGAGGCCGAGGGCCCACGUUGUGACUGCGGGCCAGGCUUCAAAGGCAGACGCUGCGAGCUCGCCUGUAAAAAGGUGCCCCGCCCCUGCACUCGGCUAUUCUCGGAGACAAAGUCCUUUCCGGUCUGGGAGGGAGGCGUCUGUCACCAUGUGUACAAAAGAGUCUACAAAGUUCAACAAGACAUCUGCUUUAAAGAGAGCUGCGAGAGCACAAGCCUCAAGAAAACCCCACACAGGAAACAAAGUAACAGUCAGACACUGAAGAAACCUUAAGGUACGUCCCUACUGCGCCCCACAGAGCUGCUGGAAAGUGGGGAGGCGGCCCACCCAGACUGCCUCUCAGCCUUGCUGUCUCCUAAAUGGUCCUGCCAGAGACAGCUGCGUGUGCUGUACUACCGACCCCAGGAACAGGAAGGUUUCAGAAUUCCCUGAGGGGGUUGAAAUGGGUCUACAUUUUCUACAUGGCUAAGGAAAUGAGGGAGAAACGUCAUUCAGAGAUCUUCAAAACAACAGAAGCAGAGGAGCCAGCCCUCUGAAGGAAGACCACCCAUACCACCAGGGCAAGGCCCAGGCUGAGCUCCUUGGGCACCGGAAAGCGAGCUCUCAGAGCUGGCAUACACAGGAGAGCCCAUGCAUCCAUCCCAUUUCAGACGAGAAAUCCCCCCAUGAAGGAGGGCAGCUGACAGCAUUCAGUUCCUUUCUGCUUCCCCCUCCCACCUCACCCUCAAGGACACACUCCAAGGCUUGCAAGCAAUUUACUACUAGGAUUAAGAACCCACAAACAUAAUUUGGGUUUGAAAUAUGUAUAAGGCGGUAAGUCAUCUGAAAUAUUAAUAUAUCUUUUAAAAACUCACUCAGCAAAUCCAUUUCUAUAAAAAUGAAUCAGAAACUCCCAACUGAUGAUCAAAUACUGGCUUACAGAACAUCUGUUCUUGAAACAAUGAAGAAAAGGCAAAUAAGCAGGAAGCAGAAACACACCCACCCAAGAACAACUAAAGACUUCAUUUCAGUCCAGAGCAGCUGGGCACAGCACGUGCCUGGAGAAAAGAGCCAGGGUCAUCACCAAUGGAGGAGGGCAGGGAAGAAGAGCAGUCUAUCGGCUUCAAAUCUAGAAGGUGCAGUGCUCAGCCCCAGUGCUCCUAGAGAUGGGGAUGGAGUCAGUCUCCCCAACAGGCCCGCCCUCCGGCGCACCCAGCACCCUGUAAGAAUUCUGGUGCUGGAAGAACACUGGGGCCUCAGGACGGCGGCCAGGCCUGCUGUGAGAGACUGGGAGCAGCUGCUCUCAAGAAGAGCGGUGAGGCUCAUCCCCCUCGUGCCUCGCCUUGUUUUCUCUUCAAAGGACUUAGGACGCUUUUGUUACAUUCCACCAACCUCAAGAGUGUCUAAACCUUCUAAGUGAGGUCUACAAACUGGAUUGAAAAGACACCCUGAGAGACAAGGUCCUGGCUGGAGUCAGUCCCUUCUAUGACCUCUCUCCUCGGGCCUCUCGAAAACAAACAGCCAAGCCUAUGCAUGCACCAGCCCACCCUGGGAGGUUCCACCAAGACCCCUCACCCACGAGUCCUGCGAUACAGUCAAGCAGCCUGAUACCAUAUAGGGUGCCAUUUUCCAAAGGUGUCAUCUAUACCUCUAUGGAUGUGAUGACGGUGUGCCAUUAGCCCAGGGUUAACAGGCUGUCAGUAAUGCUUCUGCAGCAUUCAGAAACCCACUCUGAGUCCAAUGUGAAAGAAAGAAUUCUCCCUUUGAGACCUAACAAACUGAGGAACUGCU